AUGGCGACGUUACGCGCCAUGAACAUGCAUAACCCCAUCGUCUCUCCGCCAAUCUCCACCACCAAUGGCACCACCUUGAAGCCCACUGUUGUCUUCACCACCCCACCGAGCUAUGCAGACAGGUUUUCUCAUCUACUUACCCUUAAGGGCCACAAUCCCCUCUGGUGUCCCACCAUCGUCACCGAAUCCAAUCCACGUACACUCUCCGCUCUCAAACUCCAUCUUUCCCCACAAUCCGUUUCUCAGCUCUCCGCCGUCGCCUUCCCUUCUCGCACUGCCAUCGCGGCUUUUUCAGCCGCCGUUUCCGACCUCGACAAACCCCUGUUGCCCCCAGACGGUGGUAGUUUCAUCGUUUCCGCUUUGGGCAGAGACGCGGAGUUAAUAGACCAAGCUUUCAUGAACCAGUUAUGUUUGAAUAUCGACAGAAUUAAGUUGUCCGUCCCCCGGAUUGCAACCCCGAGCGGGCUGGUUCAGUCCAUGGGUAGAGGAUGCGGACGGAAGGUGCUCUGCCCUGUCCCGUUCGUGGUGGGACUUGAGGAGCCGCCUGUCGUCCCGAAUUUUCUUCAGGAGCUGGAGGUUUCCGGGUGGGUUCCCAUCAGAGUGGACGCGUACGAGACGAGGUGGGUCGGAUCCAGAAGUGCAGAGGGAAUGAUAAGGAAGAGUAAGGUGGGUGGAGUCGAUGCGGUUGUGUUUACGAGCAGCGGGGAGGUGGAAGGGCUGCUCAAGAGUUUGCGGAGUUUGGGUUGGGAUUGGGGGAUGGUGAGGAGAAGAUGGCCGAGUUUGGUUGUGGCGGCACAUGGUCCGGUCACUGCUGCCGGGGCGGAGAAAUUGGGUGUUGAUGUAGAUGUCGUGAGCUCCAAGUUCAGUAGCUUUGAAGGUGUUGUUAAUGCGAUUGAUUCAAGAUUACGAGGCUUGGACUGA